AUGGCUCUGGCAAGAUACAUCAUUCGCGAUCGCGUAGUCGAUCCCCGCGGCGAGACUCCUCUUCUGGUUCCCAUCGCCGUGACCGGCACCGGCACCGGCACCGAUCUCGAUCUCGAUCUCGAUCUGGCAGACGUUCGCGUUCUCCAUCUUCCAGAUACAGACGGCUGGAACACCGAUCGGAGCAUGUGA